AUGCGCUGUCCGCCCGCGUUUCUUCCCCGGCAGAACGCGGAGGCGCUGCUGUCGCUUGGCGCGCUGCAGCUGUUGCUGCCGCUCGCGCAGGACAGCAUGGCGUCCGUGCGAUCCGCUGCGACGCUGUCGCUGGGUCGCCUUGCGAAUGUGUCGCAUACGUGGUCGCACCACCUCGUGCAGCACAACGUGCUGCCGUCGCUCUGCAAAGCGCUCACCGGCACCAAUCGCCACCACAAGCGCGCAGCAGCAUAUCUAGUCAAGGCCGUGUCGCGCCACGCUGGCGCUGAGCUGGCAGAGGCGGGCGUGCUGCCGUUGCUGACGGAGUGCCUUCUGGAUGCCAUGCUGGCGGUGCGGGAGACUGCUGCGUGCGCAUUGGGCCACGUGGCGAAGCACAGCGGUGACCUGGCGAUGAGAGUGGUUGAGACGGGUGCAGUGCGGUUGCUGGUGACAUGCCUUCAGGACGAGGCUGUAGCGCGGAUAGCCCUCUCAGUGCUGACUGACGUGGCACGCCACUCGCUGCUGCAUGCUACAGCCGUGGCCGAUGCGGGCGGCAUUACCGCCGCCGUCUCUCUGUUGGGAUCACCUGACGUCAAGACAAGGCGUCAGGUCUGCGUCUGCCUUUCUACCAUCGCCAGGCACUCUGAAUCCCUCGCCCUGCAAGUGUUGGACCAACCAGGAGCAUCUCGCCUGCUGCUCUGCCUGCACGACUCAUCCCCUUCCCUGCGGGCGUCAGCAGCAGCGGCGGUGAGGGAGGUGGCGAGGCAGGGACCGGCAGCAGCAGGCCGGCUGGUGGGCAUGGGGGGCAUUGGGCCGCUGCUGGAUGCUGUAGGCACGUGGAGGGACGAAGGGGAGGGGGAGGGCAUGACCAAAGGCUCCGCCAAGGUUUCAGGUCAGGGCAUCAGCAGCAGCGACGGAGAGGAAAGGGCAGCAGCAGGCAGGCUGGUGGGCAUGGGGGGCAUCGGGCUGCUGCUGGAUGCUGUGGGCACGUGGAGGGAUGCAGGGGAAGGGGAGGGAGCAGGGGAGGGGAAGGGGAUGACGAGAGGCUCUGUGGUGGUGGCCCUCGGCUUCCUCGCAGCUUCCUCCCCCGAUGCAGCGCUGGCAGUGGUGGCAUCGGACGGCAUAUCCCCGCUGCAGGAUCUCAUAGUGGAGGGCGACGCUGACGUCACCCUCAAAGGGGCCUGCGCGUGGGCGCUCUCCCAGAUGGCUUCCCAUGGUCCCAGCCAUGCCAAUCCCGUGGCAGGCAGUGGAGUGCGGGCUGCCAUAGUAACAGCAUCCACAGUCCCAACCAUGCCAAUCCCGUGGCAGGCAGUGGAUCCCAACCAUGCCAAUCCCGUGGCAGGCAGUGGAGUGCGGGCUGCCAUAGUAACAGCAUCCACAGUCCCAACCAUGCCAAUCCCGUGGCAGGCAGUGGAUCCCAACCAUGCCAAUCCCGUGGCAGGCAGUGGAGUGCGGGCUGCCAUAGUAACAGCAUCCACAGUCCCAACCAUGCCAAUCCCGUGGCAGGCAGUGGAUCCCAACCAUGCCAAUCCCGUGGCAGGCAGUGGAGUGCGGGCUGCCAUAGUAACAGCAUCCACAGUCCCAACCAUGCCAAUCCCGUGGCAGGCAGUGGAUCCCAACCAUGCCAAUCCCGUGGCAGGCAGUGGAGUGCGGGCUGCCAUAGUAACAGCAUCCACAGUCCCAACCAUGCCAAUCCCGUGGCAGGCAGUGGAUCCCAGCCACGCCAAGGCCGUGGCAGACAGUGGGGUGUUGAUCGACAUGGUAACAGCAGCCACCGUUCACCUCCCUGCUCCCGAACCUGUUGCCGGGCCUGCCGCUGCUGCUAUGGUGGAUGGUGCGGAGGCUCGGAAGCGCUUGGUGCAGGCAGUGAAGGAUGUGGUGGUCCGGGUGAAUGACAUCGAAGCGCUUGAUGCGCUGCUGCAGUGGACUAAGCUGCCGGACGGCAUACUGGAGUCUGUCCUGCAUCGCAUGUCUGUAGUGCUCGCUAAAGACAAUGCCUGCCGCCCAGCCUUCCUCGCGUCGAACGGCUUCACUCGUCUGCAGCGCCUGCUACAGCUGGCAGAGGCAAAAAGAGCCGCUGCUGCUGCCGACGCCGCUGCAAACGCAGCUACCGCCGCCGCUGCUGCUGACAGUGCUAAUGCAGAGAGCCCAGGAGACCGGGCGGCAAAGGUGACCCGAUUUGAUCCUGCCUCAGUGCGUUGCAUAGAGGGCGGCGUGGAUUGGGACCUAGUGGAGGACCACGUGUCAUCUAUCAACUCUCUCUUCCCCUUUGAAGUCUCCCGUUUCUACUCAGCAGACUACCAGCAGCACCUCCUACAGAAGCUCUCAGACAGCGUCAAGCCGGAGUGGGCUGCGAUAGCUACGGCCGCUGCUAGCCCCCGAGCCAUGUCGAUCAAGGCUCGGGAAGGCAGGUUCGUGAGGGGCGGGAGGAGGCCGGUUGAUGUGGAGGAGGUGGGGAGAGGCGGGUGGGAGGCUCCUGAUUUGGGACCUGUGAUGGAGGAGGAAGGGGAGGGGCAGGAGGACGGGGGAGAAGAAGAGGAGGGUGGGGAGGAGGUGGAGGGGGAGAUGGGGGAAGGAGGAACGGGCGGGGAGGGUGAGAGUGAUGGGGAGGGGGGGUGGGGGGGUGAUGGGGAUGGAGGGGUGCAGCUGAUGCAGGUGCGAGUGGGGAGGAGCGGAGUGGAGCGGAUAGAAGCAGGGAGGGAGGAAGCUGGAGGUGGAACAAGAGAAAUGGGAGGAGGAGGGGAGGGGAAAGGAGGGGUGACUGAAGGGGAGGGAAGAGGGAUGGAUGGGGGUGGUUCUAGUGUGCAGAAACACCAGAGUAUGCUGACCAAUGAAGAGGGGAGUGGGGCGGGUAAAGAGAAGAGGGACAAUGCAGCAGUGGAAGUAGUGACGGGCAGCACUCCACAUGAGGUGGGGGGUGGUGGUGGUGGCGUGGAGCAUACGGGGGUGGAGGAUUGUGGGUCUCGGGUGCAGAAACACCACAGUGUGUUGACCAGUGAUGAGGGGUGUGGGGCUGGUGAGGAGAGAAGAGCCGAUGCAGCAAUGAAUGUAGGGAAGGGCAGCACUCGGCAUGAGGUGGUGGAUGGUGGUGGUGAAGUGGUGGAGCGUGUGGGGAUGGGAGAUGGUGAAGGGGUGCUGAAGGAUGGUGGUAGCGGGGAGGCGAAGGACGGAAAUGGGGGAAUGCUGCUGAAGGAUGGGAAUGAGGGGAUGACAGUGGACAUUAUAUCGGCGAUUGAGUUCGAUCGUAGCGGCGAGCACCUGGCGACGGGCGACAGAGGCGGGCGAGUGGUGCUGUUUGACCGCAUUGACCUGCGCGACGCGCGGGGUCGGCGGGAGAUGGAAGCGAGCGACUACCCCCCCGCUGCGCACCAGCAGAUCGACUACCGCUACUCCACCGAGUUCCAGAGCCACGAGCCCGAGUUCGACUACCUGAAAUCGCUGGAGAUAGAGGAGAAGAUAAACAAGAUCCGGUGGGUGAACUCCUCCCAGGGCGCGCUGUACGUGCUCUCCACCAAUGACAAGACCAUCAAGCUCUGGCGCGUCACGGAGCGCCGCGUCAAGGCCGUCUCGCAGUUCAACUGCCCGCCCCGCACAGCCGCCGACUACCUCGCCUCCGCCAACGCGCCAGCCGACCCAGCAGCAGCAGAUGCGCUCCCCACGCCCCCUGUGUCAGUGCCUGGCGGGCCACAGAUCAACCCGCGGUACCUCCCGCGCCCUGGGUCGCUGUCUGCUGCGUCGGCUACGGCCAGAGCGGUGGCUGCUGGCGCUGGAGCGGUGCUGAACGGUGUGGGCGAGGGCAUGGAGCUGGAUUUCCCUCCUGGAGGGUUUCCUCAACUGCGCCUCCCUGCUGUGGUGAGUGCUGCAUGCCCUGCGCCGUGCGUCCUGAGCGUGUGUUGUCGUUGCAGCCAGCACGUUACACCCAUCUCGAACCACCCCCCCACCCCGUCCUCCAUCCCAUCGUGCCCUCCCUCCCAACUUGCCCUCUCCUCCCUCCCAACUUGCCCUCUCCUCCCUCCCAACUUGCCCUCUCCUCCCUCCCAACUUGCCCUCUCCUCCCUCCCAACUUGCCCUCUCCUCCCUCCCAACUUGCCCUCUACUCCCUCCCAACUUGCCCUCUCCUCCCUCCCAACUUGCCCUCUCCUCCCUCCCAUCCUGCUCACUCCUUCCUCCCACCGUGCCCCUACCCGCACCCUGUCUUCCCUCCCGUCGUUCUCUCCCCCACCGUCGUUCUCUCCCCCUUUCCCCCACCAGGUGUCAACUAACGAGACCACGCUGGUGGCGCGGUGCCGCCGUGUCUUCUCCAACGCGCACGCCUACCACAUAAACUCCAUCUCCUGCAACAGCGACCGGGAGACGUUCAUAUCAGCGGACGACCUGAGGGUGAACCUGUGGAACCUGGAGAACAACUCGCAGAGCUUCAAUGUGGUGGACAUCAAACCCGCUAACAUGGAGGACCUCACAGGUGGUCUAUCUAUGUCACUGCCCCUCCUUUUCCUCAAUGGCCGUGUCCCCAACCCCGUUCCACUCCCCUCUCCUGUCUCCCUCCUGUCACCCGUUUCCACCCCCCACUCCCCCUGCUCCUCGCCCCCCUCUGCCCUCCCUUCCCCCCUCCCCGCGACACACCCCACCCGCUUGCUCUUCCUGCUCCUACAACCCCUCUCAACUCCCCCAUGCGCCCCUUCUCCCCUUAUUCUCCCACAAACUCAACCAGAGGUGAUAACGUGUGCGGAGUUCCACCCAUCGCACUGCCACUCGCUCGCCUACUCCACGUCCAAGGGCACCAUCCGCCUCAUUGACAUGCGCCAGUCCGCCCUCUGCGACCAACACUCCAAGCUCUUCGAGGAGCAGGAACCCCCCGGCAACCGCUCUUUCUUCUCGGAAAUCAUCGCAUCCAUCAGCGAUGUCAAGUUCUCCAAUGACGGCCGCUACAUCUUUAGUCGCGACUACAUGACCGUCAAGCUGUGGGACAUUCACAUGGAAGCGCAACCGCUGGGAACGUUCAAAGUGCACGAGUUCCUGCGACCCAAGCUUUGCGACCUGUAUGAGAACGACUGCAUAUUUGACAAGUUCGAGUGCACACCCAGCGGGGACGGGUUGCGAUGCGCCUCUGGCUCCUACAGCAAUCUGUUUCGUGUGUUUGGAGUGGUGCCAGGGAGUGACGAGGCCUCGCUGCUCGAGUCCUCUAAAACACCAAACAGGUGCGCCCAUCCUCCCUCUCUCCCACUCUGUCCACCACGCUUCUCCCCCCCUCCUUUCCCCCCUUUAUCCUGCACGCCCCACUCCCCCCCCCCACACCCCCGCUCCCCUCCCGCCUUUCCCUAUGCUAUCCGGCCAUUCUAA